ACGUUUGAUUUUAAGCAGUUGACAUUUAGUUUUUGAUUCCGCACCUGUAUUAUUUUAAUGUUGUCAGUUAUGUUGCGUGUAAUACCAAAAUUCAAAGGUUUUCGAGCAUGGGCCAGCAUGCUGUUGCCUCAAAGUCAAAUCUGCAACGACAAUGUCUCUGGAAUACUGCAGCCAGCGCCGCCCACCAUCGAUGCAUCAGAUUUUGUUAGGGAAAUGCAGGCGUUGCCGUUGCCCGUGCUGCGGCAACAACAGGUGGCAACAAAGUGGACAACCGGUGACUAUCUCAUGGGUGAUCCGCAGCGCGUUGAGGUGAUGGUGCCGAAGGAGAUCAAUUUGCAUCGUUGGCGAGUCAUGGAUCGACUGGAUCAUAACAAGGACCGAAGGCGUGGCAAUACGCAUGCUGUGAUCGUGGCCGGUGCCCAGGCCAUUCCGGGCUAUCCCUUUCGCCAGAGCGCCGAGUUCCUAUACGUAUGCGAUUGCCUGUUGCCGGGCGUGGUGCUGCUGUUGAUGCGCAAUCGGCAAUUGGAACUGCGCACCAUACUCUUUCAGCCGCUGGAGAAGGAGGAGAUGGAUCCCGCCCUGGCCAAGCUGGCCUGCCAGCGCUUCAAUGUGGACGAGGUUUUGUCAAUGCUAUCCCUACGAAAGACGCUUUACCAGAGGCUGCAGCAUGUCACCGCCAAACUAUGGUACACCCCUGACAACAGUCCCGUGAGUCAGGCCAUAAAGGACGUGGCCGAUGAGCUCAAGCUGCCCAUCGAUUGUCCGCGUCAUUUGAUGCAGCAUGUGCGCAGCUUCAAGACCAAGCGGGAACUGGUCGCCAUAAGGCGCGCCAACUCAAUAGCCGCUCAGUCGCUGCAGGAGCUGAUGGCCGAGCACGACGCUCAGCAUGAUGACCGCCAGCUGGGUCUGAUGUUCGCCCACAAGUGCCGCGAGCGACACGCCCAUCUGCCGCUGCCAUAUGAGCCCAGGCUGGCGCCGGGCAUCGGCAAUGUUUGGCUAAUGGAUGCGUCCUGCCAGUACGCCGGCUACUAUGGCGGGCUGGCCAGAUAUUGGUCCGUUUGUGGACGCUUUAAGCCGCCCCAGAAGAUGCUCUAUAACAUGCUGGUCGAGAUGCGCUCCAAGCUGUGCUUUCUCAUUCGCACCUCCAACUCGGUUGUGCGCACGCCCCGCGAACUGCACGCAGCCUAUCUUAUACUGUUGGCGGAGCAGCUGCAGGAGUUGCGUGUUCUGCCCACCAAUUUGAUACGACAAUCGGACAUGUUGAAGGCAGUUGCUAGAUUCAACUGUUUUUCAACUCUGGUCCGGCACGUGGGCCUGGACUAUGGGGAAAGCAGCGAUCAGCUGCUCAACUAUCAUCUGAUGCCCGGCAACGUGAUCUCCAUGCAGCUAUCCAUAUAUAUACCAAACGAUUGCCUCCAGGCCUAUCCGGAAUUCCGUGGCGUCCUCUCCAUUCUGAACGAUUGCAUUCAUAUCACCGACAGUCGCGAACUGGAGCUACUCACGGGCGAUUGCGUGUCCAAGAGUCGCGAUGUUGAGGAAUUGCGCUGCUCCAGAAAACGCCCAUUCCCAAAAAGUAUGGUCAACUAAAUGUGUCAACCCAGCCCAGUUACCAGUAUCAAUCAAAAUAGAAGAGAAAGUCAUUUAGAUAUCAAGGUGUCCAGCGGCUCUAGAGAGUGAGCUCGUGUUGCAUGUGAUAAGAGGAUUUGUGAUAAGAGAACAAUAGAACAAAGACAGUAAAUGCUACCAAAUUUUUUGUUUGCCUGAUGUUAGUUGGUAUUAAAAAUCGAUGUAUUAUAA